UACGGUGGCCGCGACGUGCGGAGCCGACCGGGCUGGGCGGCGGGGCGCGGGCCGGGCCGCGCCGGCCGCAAUGGGCAACCUGUUCGGCCGUAAGAAGCAGCAGAGCCGGGUCACGGAGCAGGACAAGGCCAUCCUGCAACUGAAGCAGCAGCGGGAUAAGCUGAAGCUGUACCAGAAGCGGAUCACCCAGCAGCUGGAGCGGGAGCGGGAGAUUGCCCGGCAGCUCCUGCGCGACGGCAGGAAGGAACGGGCCAAGCUGCUGCUCAAGAAGAAGCGAUACCGGGAGCAGCUCCUGGACAAGACAGAAAACCAGAUCACCAGCCUGGAGACCAUGGUCCAGAGUAUUGAGUUCACCCAGAUUGAAAUGAAGGUGAUCGAGGGGCUGCAGUUUGGAAAUGAGUGUCUGAAUAAGAUGCACCAGGUGAUGUCCAUAGAAGAGGUGGAGCGGAUACUGGACGAGACGCAGGAGGCUGUGGAGUACCAGCGGCAAAUAGAUGAGCUGUUGGCAGGAAGCUUCACUCAGGAGGACGAAGAUGCCAUCCUGGAGGAGCUGGACGCAAUCACUCAGGAACAGAUAGAGCUGCCAGAGGUUCCUUCAGAGCCCCUUCCUGAAAAGAUCCCAGAGAAAGUCCCCGUCAAGGCCAGGCCCCGACAGGCGGAAGUGGUGGCAGCCUCGUAACUUGUGUGGGACUCACGGGGAUUCCAGAGGACUGGGGCCCGCAGAGUUUGGGUGCGUGUCCGGCCCUGGCCGGGCUCCCAGGAGGCUGGCGCUGGGCCAGGUGGGCCGGGAGCUGACGGAGCAGCACAGCACACACAGGGCUCCUGAUCAGGAUGACUACGGAGCGUUUUCCUGGCGCUGCUGUCUUGCUCUCGUUUCUGGAUUAAAUGGCAACAUUCAAACUCUCCAGCCAAACGCAGCUUCUGCAGCUGUGGUUCCCAUGGGCCACGGCCAGGCCCAACGCUCCUGGUGCUGGUCACACCUCCCUCCCCGGGUCGCGCGGCUCCAUGGGCCAGUGUCUCCGCCACCCUGUCUUCUGUGGAAGGCACAUCAGACCUGGCCUCCCCACCCUUCCCUUUCCCUUCUUCCUGCUGCUCCCAUUAGCUGGCAGGGCUUUGGUUAAGGGGGCCCUCCCUUGGCCUGGCUCCCGGACGUGCCCAGUUUCCAUGUAGACUUCGGGGUGGUAACCUCUCUGCUUCCACGUCGGCGUUUGUGGGUGGUGGACCAGGAGGGGUGCGUCCCUGCUGGAUUUUGAUGGCUCUAGGAGGUCUGCCCACCCCAUCACUCCUGGGGCCAUACAGAGGCCCAGUCCUGCUGACAGACAUUCCAGGAUAGCCGGCCAGUGUGGCUGCGGGUCCCCGAGCUGCCAGCUUCAAGCUGUUAGCAGCCAAGUGGAGACUGGGAAGGAUGGAAGUGACUUCCCUAGUUCACGGUUCGUUUUGGAAUUAGACAAUCUCCCUGAGAUUUCACUCCCAACAAGAAGACAAAGGGGGCCCUCUUAGCCCCCCAGACAGGCCAGCCCCAUAUUAAAGUUGACACCCACACA